AACAUGUCGCCCUGCACGACAAAGGAAGGGAAGGAGUGGUUGUACUGCUGCCGCGAAAUGUUUUAGCACCCAUAGAUAUCGCAGGGGCAUAACUGGAAGUGAGAGUAGGAAUGGAAGAGGUGGAAAAUGUUCGUGUUGUUGUAAGAGUGAGGCCCAUGAAUGAGGCGGAGGUACAGGCCAAUUAUGAGAAUGCAGUGGAAGUGGAUUCUGCCAAAGGCUCUUUGUCCCUCAUGCCGCCCAACAAAGCCUCUGAACCUCCCAAGGUUUUCACUUUCGACUUGGUAUUUGGCCCAGACAGCAAGCAGGUGGAUGUGUACAACUCAGCAGCCCGUCCAAUCGUUGAAAAUGUGCUUGAAGGAUACAAUGGCACAAUUUUCGCUUAUGGCCAGACUGGAACAGGAAAAACAUUCACCAUGGAAGGGGAUCGUGCUGUUCCAGAAUUGCGAGGCAUAAUUCCCAACUCCUUUGCUCAUAUUUUUGGGCACAUUUCCAGAUGUGAAGAUAACAAAAACUUUCUGGUUCGAGUGUCAUAUUUGGAGAUCUACAAUGAAGAAGUGAGAGAUCUCUUAAUGAAAGGAAAGAGGACAAACUUGGAAGUGAGAGAACGAGCUGACAUUGGAGUCUAUGUGAAAGACUUGUCUGCUUAUGUUGUCAACAAUGCUGAUGACAUGGAUCGAAUAAUGACUGUGGGGAAUAAGAACCGUGUUGUGGGAUGGACGAAGAUGAAUGAGCACAGUUCUCGUUCUCAUGCAAUCUUCAUGAUCACAGUGGAAAGCAGUGAGAGGGGUGUAGAUGGGCAGCAGCAUGUUCGCAUGGGAAAGCUAAACUUGGUGGACUUGGCUGGCUCUGAACGCCAGAGUAAGACAGGUGCGACUGGAGAGAGAUUCAAAGAGGCAACAAAGAUCAACCUCUCCCUAUCCACCUUAGGAAAUGUGAUCUCAUCUUUGGUUGAUGGGAAAAGCACUCAUAUCCCUUAUAGGGAUUCCAAGCUCACUCGCUUACUCAUGGAUUCUCUUGGUGGCAAUGCAAGGACUGUUAUGUGUGCCAAUGUGGGUCCAGCCAACUAUAACUAUGAAGAGACCCUGAGCACACUGAGGUAUGCUAAUCGAGCCAAGAAUAUUAAGAACAGAGCACAUAUAAAUGAAGAUCCAAAAGAUGCUCUCUUGCGACAAUUCCAGAAGGAGAUUGAAGAGUUACGUCAGCAACUUGAAGAAGGAAGUGAAGGCAGUGAUGCAGAAGAACCAGGAGGAAAUGAGGGAGAAGAUGAAAGAGGACUGGAAAAUGAAGGAGAGAAGAGGAAGAAGAGAUUCAAAAGAAGAAGUAGCAUACUGCAAAUACAGGAUAUAAUGGCUCAAAUGGAAGAAGAGAAGAGAUUAUUGGCAGAGAAAAAGGACAUGGAAGAAGAAGAGAGGCAGAGAAUCUCUAUGCAGCUCAAAAAACAGGAAGAAGACCUUCAGAUAGCCCAAUCAGAAAGGAAUCAGCUACUUGGAAAGCUUCAUAACCUGGAAAAGAAGAUUAUCAUAGGAGGAGAGAAUCUCCUGGAGAAAGCUGAAGAGCAAGAGAGACUACUGGAGGAAUCUGCUCGAGAGCUCCAAGAACGAAAACAGAAGGAAACAGAACUCACUAAAGCAAUAGGAGAAAAGGAAGCUGAAAGACUGGAUAUAGAGGAAAAAUACUCAUCUCUGCAAGAGGAGGCAGCUGGGAAGACAAAAAAACUGAAGAAGCUAUCACACCAUCUCCUUUCAGUCAAAAGUGAACUGGAAGAUUUGAAAGAAGAACAUCAGAGAGAAAUGGAAGGUUUGAUGGAAAAUGUGCGAGAGCUGUCUCGGGAACUCCAGUUGCAGUCCCUCAUCAUUGAUGCCUUUAUACCUCAUCGAUACCAGGACUUGAUUGAUGAGAACAUCCAUUGGAGUGAGGACAUAGGUGAAUGGCAAUUGAAAUGCGUUGCAUACACAGGCAAUAACAUGCGGAAGAUCUCGUCUCCCAAUGAGAUGUCCAAUGCCAAGCAUAUAUUUGAACCAGACCUUUCUUCAGUGUAUCUGUCCUACACACCUGAUGGACCACGAAACCCUGUCCGUCCCAAGUCACACCGUCCCAAGACAGCUGCUGGCAGGCCAAAGUCCUCCAAAAGAUGAAGGCUCAACUUGCAGCCUGCACUGUUCUUUUUACUCUAUUGUUCUACACUCAUGUGGUAUUUCAAUAUAUCCUGGGAACCCUAAACAUCCUAAAAUUACUGAUCUCAUACUUCCACUAGUACAGAAUGGUAGAUGGGUUUAUUUUGAUCUAAGGGCAUUUCAGAAAAGGAAGCUCAUUCUUGUUUGUUCUUCACUGUGUUACUCCUAGUCCAUCACCAAUGAAUCUAGUGCAGUGUGAUAAAUGAAUAUUUUUGUGAUCUCAUGCAUCUCGUCAUAUUUAUUUCAUAUUCACCAAGUUGAUCUUGGUUCUCCAACUGUGUGUAAUAUUGAAUAGACAAGUCUAUUCUUUCUUUCUUUUUAUCCUCAUAUGUGAAACUUUGUGUUUUAAAUUAUAUCUUAAAAUUGAAGCUGCUCCCCUUUCAUUUUUUCCAGCAAUUUGAUUGCUAGGCUUGCAUCACUGCAAGUUGGGUAAAUGGCUGAUGCAAAAAAAUGUUCACUUAUUUGAAGUGUAAUUGCAUUUAGUUGAAUUCUUUGUGAUUUUCAAGCUUAAUGCUGACCUGGCUGAUACUGAAGUGAUCUUUUAAUUGUAACUAUGUUUUGUGUUUUGGAGGGUUUAGGAGCCACCCCACCGCUAGCAAAUUCUCCCUGGGCCCACCACUUUAUUCAGCUAGAGUUCAAGAGUGUGCAAUGAUACUACUUGAAUUGUAUGCAAGAAUAGUUUAUAUCUCUUUUUACAGGGUUAGUCAAUAAUCUGGAAUGAAGGUGGAAAAUUAAUAUUUUUUGUCUCUUUUUCAAUGAAAAUAGCACUGACAAAGUGUUGAAGUGAUACUUUUAUAUGAAAAUGGAACUGUGUGAGAAGUUCCUGAGAUAUUUAACGACAAUCAUCAGGACUGUCUUCCAAUUUCUCACAGUGCUAUAGUAAAGUUGGUGUCUAAGUUCAGAGAAACCAGCUAUGUAAUCGAUAAACCAUGGAGUGUACAGCCCUAAUAGCGACUGAUGAGGCAAUGAUCACUAUUGUGUUGGAGAAGUUCUUCCUCAGUCCAGAGAAAUCCACUAUAAGAAUGUCAUUGUGUGAAAUUUGAGGAUGGUCCUGUUGAUUGUUGUUAAAUAUCUCAGAAACUUUCCACGCAGUUUCACCUCUGUGCAAAAGUAUUCUUCAAUACAUUAAUUUGUCAGUGCAAUUUUGUUUGAAAAAGAGACAAAUAAUAAUAAUUUUCCCCCUUCAUUCCAGACUUUUCUCUAACCCUGCAGAAAGGUUGUCCUUCUAAAUUAGCUCAACCUUCAGAUUGUGAUCAUACAAUGGAUUGCUGUAUCCCUUCACCAUGUUGUAUAAAUCUAUUGUGGUCCAAGAAUGACCAACAACAUUUUUCUAUAACCAUUUUGAAUGGAGAUCUACUCCCAAAUUCGACUUUUGAGUUGUUUGCAAAAUCCUUGCC